CUAGGUAUUUGAAAAGAAAAAAGAAGGGGCGGAGCUUGUCCAUCUGUGGUUUAUCCUUGCCGCUGCUUGUGAAGUCUGCGGAAUUCGAUGUUCGCCUAGUUGACACGCUUUUGAGGACGGCGAGCUGGGGCAGAAAAAAUGGUGCGAGCCUGGUACAUGGACGACGACUUGUCGACCGACCAACGAGAAGAACACCAACUGGACCCACCUGUGCCGGUGGCCUUGGACGAAAUCCGUGAGAAGAGCGGAGUACUCUACUGGAAGUUGAAUGCCGACACAUACGAGAAGGAUGGUGAACUCGAGAAGAUAAGGAAAGAGCGAGGAUACUCGUACACAGACGUCAUCGAGAUAUCCAAGGACAAACUACCGAACUAUGAAGAAAAGAUAAAGACAUUCUUCCAAGAGCAUCUGCACUCCGAUGAGGAGAUCCGCUUUGUCUUGGCUGGGAGUGGCUACUUUGAUGUUCGAGAUUGCAAUGACAAGUGGAUAAGGAUUGAGGUGGCCAAAGGAGACCUCCUUGUUUUGCCUGCUGGAAUCUACCACAGAUUCACUCUUGACAAGCAGUUUUAUUGGUAUGGGCGGCUUGAAGUUUUCAAUGACCUCUAACGCGCCAAGUGUUGCUGCAUGGCACAAGCAAUCUGAACUACAUCAAGGCCAUGCGGCUUUUCGUGGGAGAGCCCGUCUGGACGCCGAUCAAUCGCCCGGCCGACGACCAUCCAGCCCGCUCUCGGUAUCUGGAGACCCUUGGUCAAGCCUGCGACUGUGCCGCGUGAUGGCGCAGCUGCUGGAAACAGGCAUGCAAUCAAUUUGCUGCAAGGAAAUCUUGUGCCUUAUACUUCUAAGCAAACGUUUAAUGAUUUUUUUUU